GAGAGACUGAGUGAGGUGAGGAAGUCGGAGUCGCGCGGCCAGGGAGAGAAGGUGACCACAGACAGACCCCGGCGAAUUCUAGAGCUGCCGUCACGACAGGUGAUGCACAGCAGGGACCGGGGAUCGUUCCAAAGUGCUGGAAUUUCCUCCGCGUGGAACGCGCUCAAGUCGGACAGCUCUAAGGACAUUUCCAAAAAAAAAUAAGGUGGUCUGAUUUUAAGGGGAGGUUUCAUUGCCAUUGUCAGGAGUUACAGGACGGGCGGGAAAGCAGCUCACCUCUUAUCAGCUGAGUAAAUAUCAGGAGGGCGACUGGAGACUCAGAUAAAACAGCAAUAAGAUUUGCAUCAUUUUCUUGUCACAGGAGAGGCUUUCAUUUUGUGCAUCAGCUGGCUUUUAUAGGAAGCAUCGUUAAAUGGAAGCAGAUGGACAAAGUAGAAUCAACAUGGAGCUGUGGUCUUCACUGAAGGAAAAGUACAUCAGUGUGAUUCAUGUCCUACCUCUCAGUAGAAGCCAUUUGCACCUGGACUACAAGCUGUAAUUUCGACUCUGCACCGUCCCUCACACCCCAUUCCGCUCAUUGCUCCUUAAAUGGUUUCUGAGUGACUCAGAGUUUCAGCCCACUGAUGGAUUACUGUUACAGUUAAGCAGAAGGGGGCUGUUUGUAUUUAAACACAUUUGAAGCCAGCUGAAGGCAGAAGGGAAUGAGACGGCCAUUUUGACUCUUGGCCCACUGUGAGCUGGCGACCCUCGAACCCUUGUGACCCUUGGGCCCUUGGGAGCCGGUGACCAUGCUGGCCACACCCCAGCAGAGAUCCAGAGCAGCUGUGACGCGCGCACAGGGCAGCCACGGCGAAAUGUCCCAGCUGAGCCCGUUCUCCCCUCUCCUGGGCUGGAAGGCUUCAGGCGCUGCCCCACUUCCGCUCAACUCCUCAGACCAAAACAGCUCCUCAGGGGCCCUAGUGGCGCUGGUAACCGGGGGCCCCGGGGCAGGUGGAGAGCUUCGCUGGGCAUCGCUCCUCAUCAUCACAGUAAUCAUCCCCACCAUCGGGGGUAACAUCCUAGUCAUCCUGGCCGUCUCCCUGGAGAGGAAGCUGCAGAACGCCACCAACUACUUCCUGAUGUCCCUGGCGGUGGCAGACCUGCUGGUGGGGCUGCUCGUUAUGCCCAUCGCCCUGGUAACUGUGCUCUUCAAUUCUGGGUGGCCUCUUCCAGAGUUCCUCUGCCCCAUCUGGCUCUUCCUGGACGUCCUGUUCUCCACCGCCUCCAUCAUGCACUUGUGCGCCAUCUCACUAGACCGCUACAUUGCGAUCAAGAAACCCAUCCAGCACAGCCAAUAUAAGUCCCGGGCCAGGGCCCUGACCAAAAUUGCCACCGUGUGGCUCAUAUCCAUCGGUAUUGCUAUAUCCAUCCCAAUCAAAGGCCUGAAGAACACCAAGAUGACAACCUUCAACAGCCAUCAUACCUGCCUGCUGAAGCCUGACUGCUUCAGAGAGUUCAUCCUGUUUGGCUCCAUGGCGGCCUUCUUUGUUCCGCUGACCAUCAUGAUGGUGAUAUACCUGCUGACGAUCCAGGUGCUGCGGAAGAAAGUGUACCUGCUCAAGUUCAGAGCGUCACAGAACUUAGGCACGUCCACCGUAUCCACUGUCUUCCAGAGGGACCUGCCCACCAUGUCCUCCCCUGAGAUGGUGGCUAUGCUGGACAUCCCCCAAAAGGACCUGGUGAAGGGCCACAUCGACCCCAUCACGUUGGAGGAGGUCCCUAUCCGUAAGAUGUCCACCCUGGGUAGGAAGUCCAUGCAGAACCUCAGCAAUGAGCAGCGUGCCUCCAAGGUCCUGGGCAUUGUCUUCCUCCUCUUUGUGGUCAUGUGGUGCCCCUUCUUCAUCACCAACGUGAUCUCAGUGGCCUGCAGGAGCUGUGAUGGACAGAUUGUGGGCAGGCUGAUGGAGAUAUUUGUCUGGGUGGGCUACGUGUCCUCAGGGAUCAACCCUCUGGUCUACACCCUCUUCAACAAGACUUUCCGGAAGGCCUUCACUCGCUACAUCACCUGCAACUUCAGCGAGACACGCUCACCCCCCAGAGCAACACACAGGGACCUGACUCGGAUAUCCUUCCGCUCCUCAGCCACCCAGAAUUCCAAGCUCUUCGUGAAGCAUGGGAUGAGGAAUGGCGGGUACCAGAGUCCUCUGUGUCUGCGGACCACGGCCACCCAGACCUCCGCCAGCCUACUACUGGACACGCUGCUCCUCACGCAGAACGAGGGCGACAAACAAAAGGAGCAGGUCAGCUAUGUGUAGCUGCAGCAGCAGCCUGGCAUGGGAAAGAAGAAUUCUGAAGAGUCCACUUGACCAGGCCAGUCUUCCAGCAGCUUGACCAAGCAUCACUUUGGCUGUGGGCUUUGGUGGGACAGUGCUAAGGAAAGAGAACUAGCCUGUGCCACGUGAACCACAUAAUCCCACUGCACAGUUCACCAUUGACCGGGAUGUGCUGAGUACCUGUGUGAUCCUUGUGCGCAAGGAUCACCACAUUGCUCUAGUGCACAAAGUUCACUAGAGGAAUGUGGAAGAAGAGCUUGUAGAGUGACUUUUAAGGACAACUUCUACACAUUUCAGCACACUGGUGCACUGAAUGCAAGUAAGAAAUAACAGGCAUAAUGAAGGCCUGCAUGAUUGUAAUCUCCUACUGACCAUAGAUGGUUCUAGAAAGAAGCAGAUGGAAUAAAGCUACAUUUGCAGGUACAAUGAUAACACAGCCACUGGAUUCAUUCGCUUUCCAUGUUUAUCUGAAUCACUUUUGGAACGAUCACAUGGCACAUGCAUGUGCUUACUGACAUCCAAUAAUGAACCUCUGAAAAAUACCAUUGGGAAAAGGACAUGUCAGAUCUUUUGGUCAGUUGCAGCCAUUUCUGUACACUUUUAAAAGAACAUUUCAUUGCCUAAAAUAUAUCUUCAAACCAAAUGUAUGUGUAGCUUUGAAGACUUCACUAAUAAAACUUUCAUGAAGACAAA